AUGGCCGACUCGAUUGAGGCUUGUUUCGAUUUGAACGGGACGAACAACAUAAGGAUAUUUUGGGCGUCUGCGCCCUCCAAUAGAAAGAUAUCUAGCGAGCAAAUGCGACUAAAACAGAUAAUCGGAGGCGAGCGCCUUGUUUGCGAAUGGAUAGAUAUAACGACAGACACUGCUCUAUUGCAUGAGAUGAGACAAAAAAGCGCAAUCGAAAAAGCGCUUCCGCCGCAAAUUUUCCACGGCGACGAGUAUUUGGGGAACGUGGAAGCAUUAAACGAAGCGGUCGAGGAUGGCAAUCUCUGGGGCUUUCUCAGACUGGAUAGACAACGAGCGGUGAGAUACAGAGAAAUCGGCGGCGGAAAGUACGAAAUCGUAGAUCCGACAGCCGCGUUGGUCGACGCCUGCUUCGAUAAGAUGGCAGAAGAGGUUUCUCAAGCCGCUGUUCGAGGAGAAGAAAGCGAACCGAUGCCAGCACCUCCCGUUAAACCAGCCGGUGGUGUCGCCAUGCCUUGUAUGGGCACUCAAAGCACUCUAAGACCAUUGGAUAAAAAUCUCCAAAAAUCAUAUGACAGAUGCACAAAAUGA